AUGGCCGCAACAUUAGCCUCGCUGCUGGGCCAAGCGUCCAUCACCGACCACGACCAGGUCCUCAGUGCCUGCGAAGCCACUCUCUCCAAAUCAAAGAACGACCUCCAGGCCCUCCAAGUCAAGAUUGUCGCGCUACUGAACUUGGACCGCUUUCAGGAUGCCAUUGCGACUGUUGAGGCUGGGGGAGAGGACAUCAAACAAAGAGCGCGAUUGGGAUAUGCCUAUGCGCUGUACAAAAAUGGACAACCCGGAAAGGCUGCAGAGGUCGCCAGUCAAGACGGCAACGAGUCGGACAGGGGAUUGAGACAUGUUGAAGCGCAGGCUGUAUGUCACUUGGAAGAGGAAUGCUGGAAGAACAAGACGCAACUAACACACAUGCAGAGUUACAGACACCAGGACUUUGACCGGGCCGCCGAGCUAUACCGCAAGCUCUCGGCACAAAGAGGAGCAGUCGACAACGAAGACAUGGAUCUACGCAUCAACACGGGCGCCACAUAUGCCCAACUCGAAUGGGCUGGUCGCGCAUCUGCAGACGCGCCGCAGAAGCCUGCAAGAGAAGACAUGGAGGCCUUCGAGACUGCCUACAACGCUGCUUGCCAGAGCAUUGCGCGUGACGAGCUGGGCCAGGCCGAGGUUCUGUUGAGAAGAGCAAAGGAACUGUGCGAAGCCUCUGAGAUGGACCAGGAGGAGAAGGAUGCCGAGAUUGUGCCCAUUUCCAUCCAGCAACUCUACGUUUUGAUCCGUCAGGGCAGAAUGGAGGAUGCACAGGCUCUUGCCGCAACCAUUGACUCCAAAGAGUGUGUAUUCUCCUCAAAGCAUAAUCAUACUCCAGCGACUGACCUAUUCGCAGUGNUCCACGCCUUCCACGACUCGUCGACGCAAUUCGUCGCCCAGACAAACACAGCAGCCACUUCGACAGAAAGCAGCAACCCCUACCUCACCCACCGCUCCCUGUACAAGACUCCCUCGACCAUCCUCCCCGACAAGCCUUUCGCCUACCAAAGCGCCGCCAUCCAACGAAACAACUACACUCUCGACCUGCUCGCCCACAAGUACGAUGGCAUUAUCAGGUCUACCACAAACCUCGCCCAAACACCCACCCUCGACUCUGCCACCAUCUCUCUAUCUGCCUUUGGCGCCGCUGCCCACGCCCAUAACCAGGCCGGAAAGGAAGCUCUGAAGUCUGUUUUGCCCGUGCUGGAACGCAGACCCAACGACAUUGGCCUGCUCCUCGUGUGCAUGCAACUCUACAUCCACGCCUCCAACCCCGCCGCCGCAAUCUCGCUCCUCGAAAACUUCUUCACGCGACUGUCUUCUUCCUCGGAUGCUUCGGCACAAGAUGUUCGUUAUGCGCCUGGUUUGAUCGGUGUGCUUGUCUCCCUCUACACUUCGCGCGGUCAACACAGCCAUGCCCGCUCCGAGCUCGCAAAAGCAGCAAAGUACUGGCGUCAACAUUCCAACCCACCCAUCUCUUCACGAGCACUCGGAUACUUGUAUAAAUCCGCCGGUGCUGCAUUGCUCGAGAGCUCUGUUCCUGUUGACCAGCAACUUGCCGCCGAACUCUUUACUUCCUUGCAUGAGAAGGAUGCUUCAGACCGCUAUGCAUCUGCCGGUCUCGUCGCCGCUCUCGCACGCGCAAACCCUUCAGCCAUUGAUGAUGAGAAGUUGUCCGCUUUGACCCCAGUAGAUCGUCUCGUCAGUGGCAUCGACGUUUCAGCCCUCGAGACCGCUGGCGUAGCAAAGUCCACACCUACCAUCGCCACCACAUCAACAAAGCGCUCUGCACCUCCCGACUCUGUCCACGCCACAAAACCCAGAGCCAAGAAACUCAAGAAGAGCAAAACACCAAAGGACUUUGACCCGGCCAAGAAGAUGGUGCCAGAGCGCUGGUUGCCCAUCAAGGAUAGGAGUUCAUACAGACCCAAGGGUAAAAAGGGUAAAGCUAGGCAAGCAAUGUUCAUGCAAGGAGGUGCCGUGGCCGAAGACUCUGGCGCUGGUUCAGGAACUUCGACUCCUGCGACACAAGUUGUUGAAGGCAAGAAUGCGGCCAAGAAGGGCAAGAAGAAGGGUAAAGGUGGUAAGUGGUAA